AUUACUACUAUUUUUAUGUCUAAUUGUCAAAUAUACUUACUUAUAUGAUAUAAGUUAUAUCUAGGGCAUGCUACAUGGUCUUCUUCAUCCUCGUUCAAUAUAAUAUUUUCCUUGAAUGCGUUUUGUUAUAAGCCUAAAUAAUAAACAGUGUUCAUUAAUUGAAAAUAACAUAACUUUGUUUUUCCAUGCAGGUGGGAGAGGAAGUGGCGUCGCUCACAAAAAUAGCAUGCCCGAUCGUUAUGACAUCACUCCUCAUCUUCUCAAGAUCAAUAAUCUCAAUGUGGUUCCUUAGUCACCUCGGAGAAGUCGAGCUCGCUGGCGGUGCACUCGCCAUGGGCUUCGGUAACAUCACCGGAGUCUCCGUACUCAAAGGUCUUUCUGUUGGUAUGGACCCAAUAUGUGGUCAAGCCUUUGGAGCCAAACGCUGGACCGUACUUAGUCACACGUUUCAGAAAAUGUUAUGUCUCUUAAUCGUCGUUUCUAUACCAAUCGCCGUUGCAUGGCUCAACAUCGAACCCAUUUUCCUCAUGUUGGGUCAGGACCCGGAUAUAACCGAAGUAUCCAAAACUUACAUGGUCUUCUUCAUCCCUGAGUUACUGGCUCAAGCCAUGCUCCACCCGCUCCGAACAUUCCUCAGAACGCAAGGCUUAACGUCACCGUUGACGAUAUCUGCCAUCGUAUCCAUUCUUCUCCAUCCUCUAUUUAGUUACGUCUUCGUUAAGCGUAUGCGUUUAGGUGUUAAAGGAGUAGCGGUCGCGAUGGCUUUUAACACUAUUAACAUCAACGUGGGACUGCUCGUCUACACGUUCUUUUCGGAUUCUCUAAUCAAACCGUGGCAAGGGCUUGCUUUGCGGUCGCUUUUCCGCGGCUGGUGGCCAUUGCUUUCUCUAGCGGCACCAAGCGCCAUCUCAGUUUGUUUGGAGUAUUGGUGGUAUGAGAUCAUGCUUUUCCUUUGUGGGCUUCUCGGGAACCCUAAAGCAAGUGUGUCCGCCAUGGGGAUAUUGAUUCAGACAACGGGGAUACUCUACGUAGUUCCGUUCGCUAUAAGCAGCGCUAUUGCGACCCGUGUAGCACACGCACUUGGUGGAGGACAACCCACCCGAGCUCAAUGUACGACCGUCAUCGGUUUGAUACUCGCGGUAGCGUAUGGUUUAUCAGCUGCUGCUUUUGUGACCGCCCUUAAAUCGGUUUGGGGAAAGAUGUUCACGGACGAACCGGAGAUUCUCGGUUUGAUUUCGUCAGCACUUCCUAUCUUGGGGCUUUGCGAGAUCGGGAACUCGCCACAGACGGCCGCUUGUGGAGUUUUAACGGGCACAGCGAGGCCUAAAGAUGGAGUACGCGUUAACCUCUGCGCGUUCUACAUCGUGGGCUUGCCUGUGGCAGUCACGACCACGUUUGGGUUUAAAGUUGGGUUUUGUGGGCUAUGGUAUGGACUUCUGGCUGCGCAGAUUACAUGUUUGGUUAUGAUGCUUUGUACGUUGAUUCGUACGGACUGGACUCACCAGGUGAAGCGAGCGGAGGAACUUACCUCAUCUGCCACCGAUAGAAGUCAUUCGGAAGAAGAAACCAUCCAUCUUCAAGUCGAAGAUGGUGAUGAUGUUGGUAGCAAUAAUCUGGAGGUUGGUUUAUUACAAUAACACAAAUGACUUGUCUAGAAGACUUGCCUCGAGUUCAGUCGAUAGUUUUAACGGAUUGUUAAUUAGUAUAUAGGAUUUUUUUUUUCGUUUGGGCAAACUCAAACACCCAAGAUAGAUUUGGAUCCCAAUUGUUAUAACCAAUAUUUUGGUACAAGCUUAGAUUUGCUAACAUGUCAUAAGCUAGUAUAGUGGCUAUUUUAUUAUUAUUUGGCUCUUUAUGUAAAGUAAGUCAGACUCAUUAGUCAUAAAGUAUAUGAAAAU